UUAUUUUAUUGUGAAAUCACUUCUUACGGCUGUAACCGUAAUGCCUAUUUCAUACGCGCAGCUCAAAACAAGUCGGGGGCUAGUUUGAGGAGAUUUAUUUUGAAGUUUGACUCGCUCCAUUUCCGCUUUGCUCUCGUUACUUAGCAACGAUAACGCUCUCGGGCGAGGUGGUGGCUAGCUUGUGAGCUAGCUAGGCUAAAACCCCGGCGGGGGGGUUUUCACAGAAACAGACAUGGACGCUGACAAUGAUCUGGACGAACUUCUGGACGAAGUCGAAAAAAAGUUUUGUCGCAACAUCUCCGUCGCGUCUUCAGCUCGGGCGAGGGACGCGAGCGAGGCUGCGCGAGGCGGCGACGCGCAGAGGAACCCCUGUGCGGCGAAACGUGCAGAACCGCUCGGCAGCGACACCGAGGACAUUGACGCCUUUCUGGAAGAAUUGCUGGAGGGAGACGGCGGAGAAGCCUCUUCCCGCGAGAGUGAACGACUUCCCAAAGGACCACGAGUGGAACUGAAGCCGUCGUCUCAGCCUGGAGGGAGAAAGUGCUGUCCCGUGUUUGUUGGCGGGAGUUCUGUCAUAAACGGCGUUGGAACUGCCACGUCCAAGAGGUGCUGUGACCAGCUGAGGUGUGUAUCCUGCGACUUCAGGGUGCUGAUGUUCGACGACUGUGCGUGGGACUCGUCCUGUGAUUACCUGUUCCUCAGGAACAACGCGCCGGACCGCCAGAAGCUCCGAGCCAAGCUGAAGACCAGGAGGGGUUCCCGGGCGUACGCCUGCCAGUGCUGCUGGUUCUCCUCGUCCUCCUCCAAGCCGACCGACCUGCAGGCCCAACCUCAGCUCAGAUGGGUCUGUGGAAAACACCAGGACUGAGGAUCGACGCCGAGACAUCACAGACGAAAGAACUUCCUCUGCUUCUCCUUCUCUCUCUCUGGAAAAUGGAGCCAAUGUGGAAUGGCCUGAAAAAAGGGUAUUCUCUGUACUCACCAGCAGAGGGCGAUGAGAAAACGACUCUACUUCUCACUUGACUUAUAACGUCAGUAAACGUUCUCCUGAGGAGUUUUGUAACUUAGAAGUGCGCUGUGUGGGAUAACACCCUCUCAGAUUCCUGGAUCCGCCAGUUUAUCCGAAUCCGCUCCAAAAUUUGAAAGGGUUCUUCCUCGGGUCACGCCCCACCCCUCCACGAAAAACAAACAUGCUGAUGAAAACGUGAACUUCGGUGAUGAAUCGGUAGAUCAUGUCUCUAAUGUUAUUGGUUGCAACAGUCAAUGCAAUUACACCAUAUGAUUUUUAUGAAUCGUGCAGCUGCAACCGCGAUUGGCUGACCGAGAUGCUAACUUAAAAUUGCACUCGCACAAUGCACCCUGGGUCUUUCGCUGUGUUCGAACAACAACAUAGUAUUCAAAUAUAUUUCCAAUCUGUCCCCAAUAAAUGUGCUCGAACGUCGUCGACUCGAUGUGUUCCACGCCUGUGUGCAUGUUUCCGCACUGACUCAGAGCUGCUGGAUCAGGUUAUCUGAGCAGGUGUCUGAAAAGGAAGAGUGAUGGACUGAGAGAGGAAGUCAGGGUGACAGAAGUGUGACAGCAGGGAAACAGAACGACGGGGGGAGGAGGAGGAAGAGGAAGGGCGGAAAAACAACAGCCGGACUGAUGGAGGAUUGAAGCGUCAGCUGUUCUCUCUUUCAAACCGAGAGACUGACAGAGAAGAAAGUCUGUAUAUUUUGACCGUUGCUGCACUUUUAUUAGUUGGUUUCAUUACGAUAUUAAAUUAAUAUUACAUAGAUUGAG